AUGGUACCAAAACUAGGCAUCAAAGCUGCCAUCUUCCGGCUCAUGGCCCAAGUUGGUGCGGUGGUUGUCGUGACCAUCACUUCAACAUAUAAUGCCAUGCCCACACUUCAUACCACCGUGACACCCGUUAGUGUACAAGUUCCGACGGUGAAUAACCCGUUCAUCGCUAACCAACACCUGCGACUCCCCAAUGAUCUCUUAUUCAUUAUUAUUGGAUCGGUCCUUGGAGCCAUACUUUCAGUGGUGCUUAUUAUUGUUCUUUGUCAAUGUGCAUACGCCAAUCGUAAAGCCCGUGAGGAAAAAAAGAUAAUCCAGAAAACUGGCAGUUACAAUAUCAUUCCUAUCACUACCAACAGCUUUGCUUCUAAGGGCAAACUCUAUUAUUAUAGUGAUGGUUCAGAAAGUUUAAACUCAUUCGACACCACUCUUAAAGGGUCUUCUAUCAGUGGUAGUAUCAAUGAGCUCACUGACGACAUUUACGCCCCAGUGGGUAAAAAACUCACCGUGAAUAACAACUGCACUGAAUCAGACAUUAAACGACAAAAACGUCUUUCACAAGCAUCGAUGUAUGUGUCUCCGUUGACGGAAUUGAUGGUGAAGAAAGUUCAGCAUGAUCAUGAAGACGAAUUCAAUUUCUUAUCACCCAUCCAAAGUGUACCACCAACCAUUGCCGACGUAUCGUCACCUUCUCAAUCCAACUGUCUUUCACCCGCCAGAUCGGCUCCAGGUAACAACUCACCGAGCUUCGCAAGACCUGAGCACCAAUUAUCUAAAGAGGCCGCAAAACGGGUAUCAGUCAUAUCAAUCAGAAAUUCGGAAUUGCUUCAAGAUCAAACAGAAAUCAAACAUGCGAGACCACCAAGUCAAUUGUUAGAGGACUUAUUCAAUACUAAUGAUAUCUCACCACAAUGUGACACAGGAUCGGAAAAUAGAAAAUCUGAUGGGUUGGAGAAAUACCAAAGAUAUAUGGUCGAACAAGAACUUCAAAAAGAACGACAGCAGAAACAGCAAUAUGCCACAAACAAUAUGCGUUGCAACUCUGAUAUUCCUCUAUUAAUGACCCCCAAGCAUUGCUCUCCAGAAGCAAACGACCACCGUCAAAAGAAAAAGAAUGUUUCCAACCUCCUGAUUCAAAAAAAUUUACCUUUGCCGCCUCCUCGUCAACAAGGAUUGCCACCUCCAAGACUGCCUCGGCGUGCAGUGGUUGAAUCUCCAAAACCUGAACCAUCUCCAGAGAAAUAUCGCAGAAUUCCGCCACCUCAGAGCUCUAUCGUACCCCGUCCAACUUCUUCUUGUCAAAUGGUGCCUCCAAAAACCGAUCACCAUAAUUCAAUUCUUCCUUAUCCUGUCAAUGAACUUUCUUCGCUGACGGACCCUCAAACAUAUCGUCGUUCACUUCUUAUGAAUCUUCCAUACCCCGCCAAUGACGGUUUGGGAACAAACCAUCUAAAAUAUCAUCCUAAAGCUCAAGCAGCCCUUCCAUACCCGGAAAAUGAUUCUCAGAAUCAACUUCCAUCAGAAUGUCUUGCCCUUCAAUAUCUGGAGAAAAAAGGUCAACAAAGUGUAUCCAAAAAUUACUCUAGACCUUACCAUCAAGCUAACUAUGCUCCGGUGACUAGCGCUCCUCCUCAACGUCAAUCUCAACAAAAAAGAAUGUCGGUAGAAUUUUCUAAUAAUCAAAAACCUACAGAAUUUGUUGAUAAUAUGGUACCACAGUAUCAACAACUUUUUAUGCAAGUUCUGAAAAAAGAUCCUGCGUCAGCAAAGAGAUUGUCUCAAGUGUUACAUUCAGCUAACCAGGCCAGGUUGAAUGCUCAUAUUCAACGCCAGAGUUUUUUAGGAGGCUGA